UGUUAUAAAAUGGGUUCAAUUCAAUCAGACAACCACUUAAUGUUUAGUUAAGUUCAAUUCAGCAUUCGGAGGCUCUACUUAAGUCUAUUUUAAUUUGAGGCUUAAUUUGGUCGUCCAUACUCAAGCAAGUUUUGAGUCUUUGACCAAACUGAAUUUAGAGGCCCAAAAAAAAAAAAGAAAAAAGUUUACCUCAAGUUGUUGUGGGUCAUUGGUAAUUAGAAACGAAUCAGCACCAAGGCGGCCCAAAAUUUUAUCUCGGACCUUUAAGCCCAAAGCUAGCAAACUUAACGAGUUAACGGCAACAACGCCCAGCCCAAUAAAAAUUAGGGCUUUUCAACUUUUACGGCUCUUCCGAAUUCUGGUAUGAUUCUUGUUCCAAAUGUUUGUUUGAAUUGUAAUUGAUUAAUUGUGGUAUGAUUCUUGUUCGAAAUGUUUGGAUGAAUCGCAAUCUUUCUUCAUUUUCCCUGAUUAAUUUUUCCGCACUAUCCCUAGUUUCUGUCUUUCUGAUAAUUCCCCCUUAGGUGACUAAUCAUGGCUACCAAUACAACCAAGGCUCGAACCAGCAGCUUCUCUCGCAAUCCAUUGGCUGGUCCCACUUCUCAAGUUCCGGGUCUUAAGCCCGGCCCUAACGGUGUCGUUUUCCUUUCCUCCGGCAUACCUGACCUUGACAGGAUUUUGGGAGGUGGGUUCAGUUUGGGGAGUUUAGUUAUGGUAAUGGAAGAUCCAGAAGCACCUCAUCAUAUGUUAUUGUUGAGGAAUUUUAUGGCGCAAGGAUUAAUUCAUAAUCAACCUCUUUUAUAUGCGAGUCCGUCGAAGGACCCGAAAGGGUUUUUGGGUACUUUGCCUAAUCCAAUGUCCCCUAAAGAUGACAAGCCUCGUGAUCACAGUACUGAACAGGAUAAGGAUUUGAGGAUUGCUUGGCAGUACAAGAAAUAUUCGAGGGAAAAUCAACCGGGCCACGAUAUUAGAGAUUCCAAAAUUGAGUACUGCAACAAUUUUGAUUUGCGUAAACCUUUGGGGAGGGAACAUUUUGGAGGAAGGCACAUUGAUUGUGUGAGCACUCAAGAUCUGACUCUGGACACACUUCAUCAGCGUUGCUCUACAUUUUUAGCUCAAAACUCAAGAAGUGGUAAUAGCAUUCCUUGUGGUGGCCGCAUUGCUAUUCAGUCAUUGUGUGCUCCCCAGUGUGGAUACUUUGACAAGGACUGGAAUUUGCUUGCUUUUAUUAAGUCUUUGAAAGUCAUGGUUAAGGCAUCAAAUUCAGUUGCCAUUAUUACCUUUCCACAUUCCCUUCUGCCAUCAUCCUUCUCUAAGAGAUGGCAGCAUUUGGCUGAUACCCUGCUCUCAGUCAAAGCAAUUCCAGAUGAGGACAAGGAGUUAGCACAACUGCUUACUGGAUAUCAAGAUAUGGUUGGUUUCCUCGGCAUUCACAAAGUGGCCAGGAUCAACACCCAGGUACCUUUGGUUUUAGAGGCUUCAACAUUUUCAAUCAAGCUUCAUAAGCGUAGAUUGUUGAUUUUAGAAUGUCUAAAUCAAGCUCCCGUUGAUGGUUCAAGUGGAGCAUCGUAUGGCACAUCUAGUAGUUGUUCUUCAUCCACUAAACAAGGGUCUCUUGACUUCUAAACCUUCUAUUUGAUCCACAAAGUUUUGGAAUUUAUCUCACGCUAUCAAUGUCGGGAAUUAAUGGUCCUUUAAAUCAUAAUCUAUGCAGCUUACUGUUUACACUUUAUGCAAUGCAUAACACAAGUGCAUUGCGCAGGAGUGGAGGAGCCUGAAUGUUGAGGUUGUGAUACGAUUAGAAAAGUCAUAUGGCAUGGUACAUUGACAAAUGGUCAGUGCUUAGCUUGUUGAUGUAAACUUGGCAUCUUUUUCCCUUAGUGAUGUCAACUACAAGCACUGUCAUUAUUAGUUAUGGAAGUGACAUCCAUAUUCGAGGAGGACGAUUGAUGAGCCACUUCCUGUCUCUUGGACACAAGUGUGCUCAAAUACUCAAUGUCCAUCGGCAUUUUUGACAAUGUUAUCUGAGACCAAGUGUAAAUGAUUUAGUAGCUGUUAAGAAAUGGGAAGAAACUAUAUUCAUUGUAUUAUGAAAAUGUUACUGUUUUCCCUGUGUUUGAAAA